AUUUUGCUUACGCCAAGUUGUUUACCUUUUUCUUAUUGGCUAUUGCCCUUCAGUCAGUCGAUUCGAUUGGUCGCUGAGUAUCAGUCUAGCAGACAGCAUUUACAAACACAGUGUUUUUCGCACUUGUACUCCUUGUGGUGUAUUGUAAAUCGUGUUUAGUCGCAAUUAAUUUUCCGCAUUGUGCACGAGUGAAAUAUUAGUAGUUUACGUUUUUGCACGGUAUUCAUAAAUUCGUCGUUAUUACAUUGCGAACUUGUUAACUGACUAUUGAAGUAACAUUAGGGAAUGACACACACAGUGAUCAUCACAUUAUUGUUUUACGUCUCUGUCACGUUGGCCACAGCGCACAGCAUCAGUAAUGAGUCUGUACUGCCUAUAAUUCUUGUUCCUGGAGAUGGAGGAAGUCAACUGGAAGCUAAGUUGCACAAACCUGCAGUUGUUCACUAUUUGUGUGAAAAGACGACAAAUGAUUUCUUCAGCUUGUGGUUGAACUUGGAGCUGCUUGUCCCUGUAAUUAUAGACUGUUGGAUAGAUAACAUGAAACUUGUGUACAACAAUCAGACAAGAACAACUUCAAAUUCUGAUGGUGUAGAAAUCCGAAUUCCAGGAUUUGGAAAUUCAACUACUGUGGAAUGGAUAGAUCCAAGCAUGGCAUCUGAAGGAGCUUAUUUUAAGGACAUUGCAAACACAUUAGUACCCCUUGGAUAUGAAAGAAAUAUAUCAAUAAGAGGUGCCCCUUAUGAUUUCAGAAAGGCUCCUAACGAAAAUCAACAGUACUUUGUAGAUCUCAAAAAGCUGGUUGAAGAGACAUAUGGAUUAAAUGGAAACAAACAAGUUAUAUUUUUGGCUCAUAGCAUGGGAGCAUCGAUGACAUUGCACUUUCUGCAAAUGCAAACACAGAGUUGGAAAGACAAACAUAUUCGUGCUUUGGUUACUCUUUCUGGGGCUUGGGGAGGCUCACUCAAAGCCUUGAAAGUUUAUAUGGUCGGUGAUGACUUAGGAUCGUAUGUGUUGCGUGAAAGUGUGCUGAAAGAAGAACAAAUAACCUCUCCAAGCCUGGCAUGGUUGUUGCCUUCUACACUCUUUUGGCAUCCUAAUGAAAUCUUAGUACAGACAGACAAGAAAAAUUACACAGUUGAAGACUAUAAAGCCUUUUUCAAGGACAUCAGUUAUCCUGUUGCUUGGGAAAUGCGUAAGGAUGUAGAAAAAUACAGCUUGGAAUUUCAAGCUCCAGGUGUAGAAGUUCAUUGCUUACAUGGUUAUGGUGUUAAUACCAUUGAGAGGUUGGUGUAUAAACCAGGAGGAUUUCCUAGUGCAUACCCUGACUUCUUAUAUGGUGAUGGUGAUGGAACAGUAAAUAAACGCAGUUUGGAGGGCUGUCUCCAUUGGCAAGGCAAGCAGAAACAAAAAGUAUAUCAUCAGACUUUUCCAGGUGUGGAUCAUAUGAAUGUGUUAAGAGACAUUCGUGUGCUUGGCUAUUUGAAAAGUUUACUCAAUAAAUUAUAGUUUUUGUACCAUAGUGUAGUGUUUUGAAUUUUUUUUAUUCUGUUGUAAGUAGAGACAUGAGUAAAUAGUAUUUUGCAGUGUAAAAGUACACCUGAGAUUUCAUGCUGUACAAAAACUUUGAUUGUUGCAAAGAGAACAGGGUUUCCAUUUCUAUCCACAUGUGAACUUACAUAAAAAUCUCAUAAAAAAUAUUCAAACUAUUGUACAUUAGAA